CAGACAUCCACAUGCAGCGGAAGUUACCGGAAGUUGGAGCUAGCUGGCGCCUCGUCGUAACGGCGAGUCCCGUUUUUUGUUUUUAAGAUGUCUAAAGUCCAAAUGCUGAGGUCGUUGGUGACGCAGCGACUAACUGCGGCUGCUGAGGAGAUAUUUGGGCUGUUUGAGAGAACGAUAGCGGAGUACGAGGAGGAACUUUCUCGCGCAAAAGAGGAGAACGAGCGACAGCGGAAGCUACUGGAGCUGCGCGUGGAACCGGAAAUAAACAGAGCAGAUGUCUUAUCAUCUAUCGUCUUCAAAGUUAUUGAGAAUAAAGACGAGGUUUCCCCCGAGCGGCAGGAGUGGAGCUCCACUGCGCACAUUAAAGAGGAAGAGGUGGAACUGUGGAGCAGUCAGGAGGGAGAGUGGUUUCAAGGGCUGGAGGAGGCUGAUGUCACCAAGUUCCCUUUCACUCCUGUCCCUGUGAAGAGUGAAGAUGAUGAGGAGAAGCCUCAGUCUUUACAGCUUCACCGGAGCCAAACUGAACAUAUGGAAACAGAAGCUGAUGGAGAGGACUGUGGAGGACUAGACCCAGAGCUAGAUACUGUUCACGAGUCAGGGGACCUUUCCGAACUCCAGAUUGAUUUCAGUGACGUGUUGAAGGAGACCAGAGAACCUCUGUCAGGUUUAAAUAUUCUAAAAAAUAACAUAUGUAACACCGACAAGAAAUCAUUCCGCUGCUCCGAGUGUGGCAAACAGUUUAGCCAGAACUCAAAUCUGAAGACACAUAUGCGAAUCCACACAGGGGAGAAACCGUUCGGUUGCUCUAUUUGUGGCAAAAGAUUUAUACAGAAGGUUCAUCUGACGUACCACAUGGCCCGUCACACGGGGGAGAAACUAUUCAGCUGCAGUGUGUGUGACCAAAGAUUCACUUGGCUUUAUCAGCUCAAAAACCAUCAGUGUGUCUAUCGUCCGUUCUCAGAGGCAGAGCCUCCUCCAGCUAGCAGCUCGACUGAACACAUGGAAGCAGAAGCUGACGGAGAGGCCCCACACUGUUUUGCACCAAAGACCGAAGUCCUUCUGGGCGAUAUUGGAAUAAAUAACGGCAAGAAACAAUUUAGCUGCUCUGAUUGCGGUAAAACAUUUGGCCGCAAGACGCACCUGUGGGAGCACGUGCGAUCUCACACAGGAGAGAAACCAUUCAGCUGCACAGUCUGCAAGAAGUGUUUCCCGUGGAGGAGACACUUACAGAGACACAUGCGAGUCCACACAGGCGAGCAAAGACUGAGCUGCACUGUUUGUGACAAGACGUUCAAUUGGCCGUAUCAGCUCAGGCUCCAUCAGUGUGUCGGCGAGUCGUCGCAGGUUCACGACGACCAAACACAGACUCAUCGAGACCCUGUCGGUGAGAUGAGACACCUUCCUAAGAAACAGUUUCCCUGCUCUGACUGCGGGAAAGUAUUCGGGUACAAGGACUCCCUGCUGAGGCACAUACGAUGCCACACAGGAGAGAAACCGUUCAGCUGCUCAGUGUGUGGGAGACAGUUUAGAGAACGGGGGAAUCUGGGACAGCACAUGGUCAUCCACACCGGGGAGAAACCUUUCAGCUGCAGUGUUUGUGACCAAAGGUUCAGCUGGCGGAAACAGCUCAAGAAACACAAGUGUGACGCGGGCCCUGGGUUCCUCCUGGUGCAGGACAAUGCCCGGCCUCAUGUGUCCAGAGUGUGUAGGCAGCUCCUGGAUGAUGAAGGUGUUGAUGCCACUGACUGGCCCUCUUGUUCCCCUGCCCUCAAUCCAACUGAUAACCCAUGCGAAGUUAUGCAUCUGACGCCGCCAAGUGCCGCCACAGACGGUCUAGGAGCUGCCCUGAUCCAGGUCUGGGAGGAGAUCCCCCACCGACAGGUAUCCACACUGUGAAACCUGAAUGACCAGUGCCAACAGAAGGAAGACCUCAUGUGUGGAGCGGUGUGUUUGGUGCCAUUCAUCUGGACUGUGGAGAAGGGAAACUGCAUGGACAACAUCCUGAGCUCUCAAAUGGGUCGUGAUUAUGAUGCUAGAAAAAGCAGCAAAAUGCCCUUAGUUAUAGUGUAGUGAUGUAUGUUAAUCUUGCCACAGUAUCACCCUAAAAAUGGGGACAGUAAGAAACCAUGCUGUUGGUACUUUCCACAACUUUCAUAAUAUGGACCAAACUGAACUGAACUUUUUUUAUAUUUCCCUCCUACUUCAGGUCACCUAUUGCAGAGGUUGCUGCUGGGUACUGUAGUUUUUUUUCUUUCUGGAGACGAGGUCAUUAAGAGGGAGUCCCUCCAUUUUAGUCUUGGCUCAGUCUGUGUAAUUUGAGCUGGGAAGCUGAUCUAAAGCUGUGGAUUAUUAAUGCCUCCGAACCUGAGCAGGGAACACAGAUGACGACCAAAGACGGACUUUUAAUAUUCAAAAUUUACAAACAUACGUGAGUGAGCUUUCAGGUGCGUUGGGUAUGUCGGCAAUGACUGCAGAGGUCACCUGGGCGCAGUUUGGUCAUUUGAUGGUGAAUCUCUCUCAGAUGUGUUGUCCCCAUGGCCUGUGGCUUAACUGGCCUGAUCAAAGUUUGAUGAGCGGGGCUUAGUAACAUUACACGGGACAGAAAACACUGUGGCUCUCUGUGGCGGAGCUCUGCUGGUCCUCCGCCUGGCAUGAGGGUGUAGGGCUAGGGGAAACGGGGUGACUGUAAGCCUCUGCCAGUGAGUGUUGUUUGACAGCCGACAAGCUGCCAGACUGUGUUGUGGUUUUGGUUCCAGCUUAAGAAACAACUUCUCAGGCUCUUAACCAGUUGGUCGAAUGGUUCAUAAUUAGGUGUGAGAACCGCAAUGGAACCAAUAGGGAUGUCAGAAACAGCUCAGGUUGUAUGGUGUGUCACAUCCUUCCUCUAACAAUUAUCUAUAAACUACCCACACAACAGCUCCACUUAUCAUCAUCAGUAUGUUUAGAUGAGUUCAACCUGCUCCACUCUCCUUAUCCAACGAAUAUAAUUAAUGUGCAACUCUCGGAGCAGUUUAAGCAAAUGCUAAACAGGGCUAAGCAACGGGACAAAAAGGAUCCGGAAAGAGGGAU